ACCAUCUCACUCCGUCCUGUACAUACCCAUAUUGCGACACGGGCGCGCGCCGCUCUCACACCAGUCAUCAUGCCCGAACACCCUUGGAAGAAGUACUCGUACCUGGGCGACCUGCUCAUGAUCACCGCCGCACCUGUUUUGAUGUAUUUUGUGGUCCGCAACCUCCUCACCAGAUUAGAUCCCGACGCCGCCCAGAAGGAGGAAGCGCGCCAGAAGUCUGUCGCCGCGAAGAAGAAGCUGAGCGGCAUAUUAGCCAGGCAAGAGGACGAGGACGAGGAUGAUGAGCAGAACAGCAUCAGGCAAAGGCUACACCGGGAAGAGCUCGUGCUUACCCCAUACGAGCAGACGAUCGCUAUGGAGGUCGUCGCGCCAGAAGAGAUACCCAUCACGUUUGAGGACAUCGGUGGCCUCGACGAUAUAAUCGAAGAACUUAAGGAAUCCGUUAUCUACCCGCUUACGCUACCCCACCUCUACGCCCACUCCUCGUCGCUACUGUCCGCGCCUUCUGGUGUGCUACUCUACGGUCCCCCAGGCUGCGGUAAGACAAUGUUGGCCAAGGCGCUCGCGCACGAAAGCGGCGCCUGCUUCAUAAACCUCCACAUAUCCACCUUGACCGAGAAGUGGUACGGCGACUCGAACAAGCUCGUCAACGCUGUCUUCUCGCUCGCGCGCAAACUGCAACCGGCUAUUGUCUUUAUCGACGAGAUCGACGCAGUGUUGGGCCAGCGGCGCAGCGGCGAGCACGAAGCCAGUGGCAUGGUCAAGGCCGAGUUCAUGACGCACUGGGACGGGCUGGCCUCUAUCAACUCCAGCGGCGAACCGCAGCGCAUCUGCAUCCUCGGCGCCACGAACCGCAUCCAGGACAUUGACGAGGCCAUCCUGCGCCGCAUGCCCAAGAAAUUCCCUGUGUCUCUGCCCUCAGCGCACCAGCGCCGCGGCAUCUUUAAGCUCAUUCUGCGCGACACCAAGAUCGACCGCGUCAACUUCGACCUCGAUUACCUCGUCCGUGUCUCGGCCGGCAUGAGCGGCUCCGACAUCAAGGAGGCGUGCCGAGAUGCGGCCAUGUGUCCUGUGCGCGAGUACAUCAAGGAGAGGAAGAGUCGGGGCGACUUGCUGAAGGGCGUGAACCCGGAUGAGGUGCGGGGGCUAAGGACAGGAGACUUUAUGGGCCGCAAGGGCACGAUACACACGAUGAGGGACCCGGAGAAGCUGCCGGAGACGGAGAGCAUCGACGGGGAUGACGAACCCGUCUCGACAGAAACAAGCAGCCCAGCUGAUGAGGAAUACGUGGAGCCGGUGCGAUGAGCAGAGGAGCCUCUCCGAUGAUUUCAUGCCGCGUAUGCAUACCAAAGCGCUUGCUUGAACGAAAAAGUGUCGCGAGUCCGAAUGUACAGAGACGCAUUCAGGCAGGAGUUCGGCGCAAUAAGGAAGAAGGGCUAGGCCUCGCACGUUGCGAGCGCGCUAUGGUGCUCGAUUAUGAUCUGUCUCCGGGGGGCUAGACGAGAGGUCCGUCGUGCCUCCUCAUAUGAAGUAGAAUCAUGCCAUGUCAGUUACAUUACAUACGAAUCCAAUGCUAAAAUUCCCAGUCCGGCGACUGGCUGCACCGAA